AUGUUUCUAUUUCAGAAUGUGGGUAAUCGUUCGUAUGGUUCUAAUCAUAUUCGUCGACGUCGAAGUCCAUCAAAUGCUAAUAAUUUAAAAUUUAAUAAAAAUUUAGAAAAUCGUUUAUAUGGUUCUAAUCAUAUUCAUCGACGACGAAGCCCAUCAAAUGAUAAUCGUUUAAAAUUUGACAAAAAUUUAGAAAAUCUUUUAUAUGGUUCUAAUAUUCGCGGGCGUCGAAGUUGA